UUCCCCUGCCGUCGCGCCUCACCCUCACCACCAAAGUGAUCUAAAAUUCGGUUCUGCGCAGUCAAGGUCAUUUGCUCACGAAGUUUACCGCAUAGAGUAAGAUUAUAUAUUGUUUACCGGUUACAGCUGGCUAUUUCAGCUUCUCAGUACUUCUCACCGACGGGUAGGUGAGCUCACCUCACUAGCUAAACCUGAGAGAAUUUGCUAACACUAGGCCUAACAAAAAUAGUCGCAGAAUUCGCAGAAUCUUCCACCGGAUAAAUAUAUAAUAAUAAAUAAUAAUAAUAAUAAAUUAAAUAUCGUUUGUAUUCGGGUAAUAACGCGCGGAAGAGAAUAUUUUUUUAAUAUUAUUUUGUGUUUGUAGCAUGUACUUUUUAAAAGAUGCGUUUCUUAGAUAAUUUUGAUCCUAAAAAUUCAGCUCGUGAACGUAGAAAAGCAAACAGGAAAAAAUAUUUCACUUCUCGAAAAGUGAAGAGAAUUUAUGAUGACCACGGUCAUAUUGCUGAAACUGGCAAAGACUUGUGUGAUUGCCUCGAUGAGAAGUGUCCCGGAUGCCAUUUUCCAUGUGCAAACUGCAAUUCCAAUAAAUGUGGCCAUGAGUGCAGAAUUAACAGAAAAUGGAUGUAUGACAAAAUUGAAAUAGAAGGAAAUGAUUUUGUUGUAAAAAAUGAUUACAAAAACAAGUAACUGGAAAUAUAAUAUUAUAAUAAAACAUAUUUAAUCAUUAGCUACAAGUUUAAAGAAAUAUUCAACUUCUAGUUCACCAUCUUCAGGAAGAUCAGUACAAUGAACAGCAUUAUGUACUAUAGAUUUUCCAUAGAGAGCUCUGAUGGAUUCUGGGUAUAGUUGACGACACAAAUCCUAGUUUUUAAAAAAUAAAAUUUUCAUGAAUUUAAAUAGUGCUAAAAGUUUUGGUAAAAAUAAAGCUCUUAAAUAAAUUAAAUUACGUUUGUUAAAUA